CACCAAACAUUUCCAGGACCAUGUUUCCUUCAACAUUUGCAAUCUCAUGGAUCGUUUUGACCGUGAUAUUCAUAUUAUCAGCAACGCUAUUGCGAAGACGAAGGGAACAUCACAGGAAACAACCACCAGGUCCACCGGCUCUAUGGGUUUUAGGUCACCUCCACAUGUUGGGUCACCUUCCCCAUCGUACUCUUCGAACUUGGUCCCAAAAAUAUGGUCCCAUAAUGUCUCUUCGUUUGGGACAGGUUCCUACUAUUGUGGUCUCGUCCCCAGAAGCUGCUGAACAAUUCCUCAAGACCCACGAAACAGUUUUUGCGAACAGACCCAAAAUUGAAGCCUCCAAGUACUUCUCUUACGGCUACAAGGGUAUGGUGUUUGCUGAGUAUGGGACAUAUUGGCGCCAAAUGAGGAAAGUGUGCACUUUGCAGCUUCUGAGUGCGUCUAAGGUUGAGUCCUUUGGGGCUUUGAGGAAGAUGGAGGUGGAAGCAGUGGUCAAAUCGUUGCAGAAAGGGGCAAUGGUGGGUGAGGUGGUGAACCUCAGUGAAGUGGUGACGGGGCUAUUGGAGGAUGUUGUGUAUAAGAUGGUGUUGGGGUGUAGUAAAGAUGACAAGUUUGAUUUGAAGGGGCUUCUUCAAGAGGCUACGCUCCUUGCUGGGAAGUUUAAUCUUUCAGAUUUUGUGCCUUGGCUUCGGGUGUUCGAUAUACAGGGACUAAGACGAGGCUUCAAGAAAACCGGUAAAGCACUUGACGAAGUGUUGGAGAAAAUAAUCGAAGAACAUGAACAAGCUUCCAUUGAACAAAAUGGCAGCCAUAAGGAUUUUGUAGACAUAUUACUCUCAAUGAUGCACCAACCCAUUGACCCGUAUGAUGAACAUAGCCAUGCCAUUGAUCGAACAAACAUCAAGGCCAUUGUCUUAGACAUGAUUGCUGCAUCAUUUGAAACUUCUUCAACUGUUAUUUUGUGGGCAUUAUCUGAGCUAUUAAGGCAUCCAAGGGUGAUGAAAAAGCUCCAACAUGAGCUAGCCACUGUGGUUGGAAUGAACAAAUUGGUGGAGGAGAGUGAUAUAGUAAAGUUGAGUUACUUGGAUAUGGUGAUUAAGGAGACCCUGAGAUUGCAUCCUGCUGGAUCAUUCAUUACCCGAUUCUCCAGAGAGGAUACUAUGAUUAAUGGUUAUCACAUAAAGAAAAAUUCAGAAAUCCUAGUAAAUAUAUGGGCCAUUGGGAGAGAUCCUAAGGUUUGGUCUGAUAAUGCUGAUUUGAUACCAUUUGGUUCUGGUCGUAGAGGGUGUCCUGGGAUAAACUUGGGUCUUGCUACUGUUAAACUUGUUGUAUUUCAGCUAGUGCAUUGCUUUAAUUGGAAGCUUCCAUGGGGCAUGACUCCUGAUGACUUGGACAUGAAAGAACAAUUUGGGCUAACAAGCCCAAGAACCACACCCUUACUUGCUGUGCCAACAUAUCAGCUUCAAAUCGCACCAGGUCCUAAGGCUUUGCCAAUCAUUGGUAACCUACACAUGCUAGGGAAACUCCCACACCGCAGCCUUCAAUCCCUUGCAAAAAAAUAUGGACCUAUAAUGUCCUUAAAGCUAGGACAGGUUUCAGCCAUUGUGGUUUCUUCUCCUGAAACAGCUGAACUAUUUCUCAAGACCCAUGACACACUUUUUGCUAGCAGGCCGAAACUUCAAGCCUCAGAAUCUCUUUCUCAUGGUAGCAAGGGCCUUGCUUUUUCUGAAUAUGGUGCCUACUGGCGCAACAUGAGAAAAUUGUGCACUCUACAACUUUUGAGUGCAUCAAAAGUUGAGAUGUUUGCUCCUUUGAGGAGAGAGGAAUUAGGAGGAUUGGUGAAGGCACUAAAAAAUGCAUCAGCAUCGUGUGAAGUUGUGGACCUUAGUGAGUUGCUGGGAGAACUCAUUGAGAACAUUGUGUUUAAGAUGAUAUUGGGACGCACUAAGGAUGAUAGAUUCGAGUUAAAGGGACUUGUUCAUGAGGUAAUGAACUUGGUUGGUGCUUUCAAUAUUGCAGAUUACAUGCCUUGGCUAGGCUUGUUUGAUCCUCAGGGACUAACAAGACGAUUAAAGAAAGCAAGUAAGGCGUUUGAUCAAGUCUUGGAGCAUAUUAUCGAAGACCAUGAACAUCCAUCAAAUAAUGAACAGAAAGGCUCUGGCAAGGACUUUGUGGACAUUUUGUUAUCACAUUUGCACCAACCCAUUGAUCUUCAAGACGAACAGAAGCAUGUCAUUGAUAGAACUAAUAUCAAGGCUAUUAUAUUAGACAUAAUUACAGCAGCAUUGGACACCUCUACUGUAACUGUUGAUUGGGCUAUGUCAGAACUAUUGAGGCACCCAAGUGUGAUGAAGAGACUUCAAGAUGAGCUAGAAAAUGUUGUGGGAUUGAAUAAACAGGUGGAGGAGAAUGACUUAGAAAAACUGCCCUACUUGAAUAUGGUAGUGAAGGAAACAUUGCGAUUAUAUCCUGUUGCACCUUUGUUAUUGCCUCGUGAGUCUAGAGAGGAUGUUACUAUUGAAAGUUAUUACAUAAAUAAAAAAUCAAGGAUCAUAAUAAAUGCAUGGGCAAUAGGGAGAGAUCCUAAAGUUUGGUCACAUACUGCUGAGAUGUUUGAUCCAGAAAGAUUUGCUAAUAGCAAUGUGGACAUUCGUGGAAAUGACUUUCGAGUUUUACCAUUUGGUUCAGGUCGUAGAAGUUGCCCUGGGAUUCACUUGGGUCUAACUACUGUUAAGCUUGUUCUAGCUCAAUUGGUUCAUUGCUUUAAUUGGGUCCUUCCACUGGGUAUUUCUCCUGAUGAGUUAGACAUGGAUGAGAACUUUGGCCUCACAAUGCCAAGAAAUAAGCACUUACUGACUAUGCCAAUUUAUCGGCUAGUUGAUUGAUAAGGU